AUGGGUGUCGGCCGCAGGAAGCUGGCCCCGCUCUGGGCCCUGGCUCUCACCCUGGCCUGGGCCCAGCACACAGGUGAGGCGCGAGGAAGCUCUGUGGAACAUGGCCACGAGUACCUGGACCUCCUUCCUGUCACCCAGGGGCCCGCUGGCGACCGGCUGCGCGGCGUGACCAUCCUCCCCCCUCUGAGGACGGCGCCGGUGGUUCGAGCCCUGAACCCCGCGCACAACGGGCGGGUGUGCAGCACCUGGGGCGACUUCCACUAUAAGACCUUCGACGGGGACGUCUUCCGCUUCCCGGGCCUGUGCAACUACGUCCUCUCCGCGCACUGCGGGGCCGCCUACGAGGACUUCAACGUCCAGGUCCGCCGUGGCCUGGAGUCCAAUGUCACCACGCUGGCCAGAGUCACCAUGAAGCUGGAUGGCAUGGUCAUCGAGUUGACCAAGAGCUCCAUCCAGGUCAACGGGCUCCCAAUCCAGCUGCCUUUUAGCCAGUCUGGUGUCAUCAUCGAGCACAGCAGCAGCCACCUGAAGGUGGUGGCCAGGCUGGGCCUGGUCUUCAUGUGGAGCCAGGACGACAGUCUCCUGCUGGAGCUGGACGCCAAGUACUCGAACCAGACCUGCGGGCUCUGUGGAGACUUUAACGGUGUGCCUGUCUUCGACGAGUUCCUCUCCCACGGUGUCAAGCUGACCCCCAUCGAGUUCGGGAAUCUGCAGAAGUUGCACGGGCCCACGGAGCAGUGUCAGGACCCUGCACCUGUGCCCCCGCUGACUUGCUCACUGGGCACCGGCAUCUGUGAGGAGAUCCUGAGCAGCUGGCCCUUCCGGGGCUGCAACGCCCUGGUGGACGCCAGCAGCUACGUGCAGGCCUGCCGGCAAGACCUCUGCCUGUGCGAGCACGCCGAGCCGACCAGCUGCGUCUGCCAUACGGUCGCCGAGUACUCCCGCCAGUGCGCCCACGCCGGGGGGCGGCCCCUGGACUGGCGCGGCCCCGACCUAAUCACAGAGGCGUUCUGGACCCCCGGAUCUGAAGGGCCCCCGAAGGGCAGGGCAGCCUGGGGCGGAGGGCUGGUCUCCUCCACAUGCUCACGCGUGGCCGCAGCCUGGCACCUGCCAUACUGGCCGCCUGCUUCUGUAGGGACGGUGCUCGACGACAUCGGCCAUACGGGCUGCAUCCCUGCACCCCAGUGCGCCUGCGUGUACAACGGGGCCACCUAUGCUCCGGGGGCUGUCUACUCCACAGACUGUGCCAACUGCACCUGCUCCAGCGGCCGGUGGAGCUGCCAGGAGGUGCCAUGUCCUGGCACCUGCUCGGUGCUGGGGGGCGCCCACUUCUCCACGUUCGAUGAGAGGCAGUACACAGUGCACGGAGACUGCAGCUACGUGUUGGCCAAGCCCUGUGACAGCAGCGCCUUCACUGUGCUGGCGGAGUUGCGCAGGUGCGGCCUGACGGACAGUGAGACUUGCCUGAAGAGCCUGACCUUGAGCCUGGACGGGGGGCACACGGUCAUCGUGGUCAAGGCCAGCGGGGAGGUGUUUGUGAACCAGAUCUACACCCAGAUGCCCGUCUCAGCAGCCAACGUCACUCUCUUCAGACCCUCAACCUUCUUCAUCAUCGCCCAGACCAACCUGGGUCUGCAGCUGGACAUCCAGCUGGUACCCACCAUGCAGGUGUUCCUGAGGCUGGCGCCCGAGCUCCGCGGGCUGACCUGCGGCCUGUGCGGGAACUUCAACCAGAACCAGGCCGAUGACUUCCGGACCCUCAGCGGCGUGGUGGAGGGCACGGCCGCCGCCUUCGCCAACACCUGGAAGACCCAGGCCGCCUGCCCCAACGUCAAGAACAGCUUCGAGGACCCCUGCUCCCUCAGCGUGGAGAACGAGAAGUACGCUCAGCAUUGGUGCUCCCGACUGAAGGACCCCCACGGCCCCUUCGCCCAGUGCCACGCUGCCGUGAGCCCCGGCACUUACCACUCGAACUGCAUGUUCGACACGUGCAACUGUCAGAAGAGCGAGGAUUGUCUGUGUGCGGCCCUGUCCUCCUACGUGCACGCCUGUGCCGCCAAGGGGGUGCUGCUCAGAGGCUGGAGGGAUGGCGUGUGCACGAAGCCCAUGGCCACCUGCCCGAAGUCACUGACCUACCAGUACCACAUCAGCUCCUGCCAGCCCACCUGCCGGGCCCGGAGUCACGAGGACGUCACCUGCGGCAUCCGCUUUGUCCCCGUGGACGGCUGCGCCUGCCCCCAAGGCACCUUCAUGGACGAAGCGGGCAAGUGUGUGCCGGCCAGCAGCUGUCCCUGCUACCACGAGGGCUCCGUGGUCCCCAACGGGGAGUCGCUGCACGAGCGUGGGGCCAUCUGCACUUGCACGCAAGGCUUGCUGAGCUGCAUUGGAGGCCACACCCCUGCCCCAGUCUGCACCCCGCCCAUGGUCUACGUCGACUGUCGCAAUGCCACGCCGGGGGCCGCCGGGGCCGGCUGUCAGAAGAGCUGCCUCACCUUGGACAUGGAGUGUUACAGCCCCCGGUGCGAGCCCGGCUGCGUGUGCCCCGACGGGCUGGUGGCCGACGGUGAAGGCGGCUGUGUCGCCGUGGAGGACUGUCCUUGCGUGCACGACGAGGCCAGCUACCUGCCCGGCCAGACCGUCCGGGUGGGCUGCAACACUUGCACCUGUAAAAGCAGGAUGUGGCAGUGCACACGUGAGCCCUGCCUGGCCACCUGCACGGUGUAUGGGGACGGCCACUACAUCACCUUCGAUGGGCGGAGCUACAGCUUCAGUGGCGACUGCGCGUACACACUGCUUCAGGACCACUGUGGUGGGAACAGCACUGCCAACGGGACCUUCCGAGUUGUCACGGAGAACGUCCCCUGCGGGACCACGGGCGUCACCUGCUCCAAGGACCUCAAGCUCUUCCUGGGAAGCUACGAGCUGAAGCUGAGUGGCGGCAAAGUGGAGGUGAUCCAGAAGGGCGUGGGGCAGGAGGCCCCCUACUCCAUCCGCCAGAUGGGCAUCUACCUGGUGGUGGACACCGAGGUCGGCCUGGUGCUGCUGUGGGACAGGAAGACCAGCAUCUUCCUCAAACUCAGCCCUGCGUUCAAGGGCCGGGUCUGCGGGCUUUGCGGGAACUUUGACGACAAUGCCGUCAAUGACUUCACCACGAGGAGCCAGUCCGUGGUGGGCAACGCCCUGGAGUUUGGCAACAGCUGGAAAUUCUCCCCGUCCUGCGCCGACGCCCCGGCCCCCAGGGACGCCUGCGCCGCCAACCCGCACCGCAAGUCCUGGGCCCAGAAGCAGUGCAGUGUCCUCAACAGCGCCACCUUCGCCGCCUGCCACGCCCACGUGGAGCCCGCCAAGUACUAUGAGGCCUGCGUGGGCGACGCGUGUGCCUGUGACUCCGGGGGCGACUGUGAGUGUCUCUGCACGGCCGUGGCCGCCUACGCCCAGGCCUGCCACGACGUGGGCGUGUGCGUGUCCUGGCGGACCCCGGACAUCUGCCCCUUGUUCUGCGACUACUACAACCGCGAGGGCCAGUGCGAGUGGCACUACCAGCCGUGCGGCCCGCCCUGCAUGAGGACCUGCCGGAACCCGAGCGGCCGCUGCCUGACCGACCUGCCGGGCCUGGAAGGCUGCUACCCCAAGUGCCCGCCAGAAGCCCCCAUCUUCGACGAGGACCGGAUGCAGUGUGUGGCCACGUGCCCCACGCCCCCCCCGCCGCCGCCUUGCCGCGUCCAAGGCAAGUCAUACCGGCCGGGGGAGAUGGUGCCGUCUGACAGGAACUGCCAGUCCUGCGUCUGCAGGGAGAGUGGGGUGCAGUGCGCCUACGACACUGAGGCCUGUGUCUGCACCUAUGACGGGCGGCGCUUCCGCCCGGGGGACGUCAUCUACCACACGACCGACGGCACGGGGGGCUGCAUCUCCGCCCGCUGCUCGGCCAACGGCACCAUCGACAGGAGGGUCUACCCCUGCAGCCCCACCACCCCCACGCCACCAACCACCUUCUCCUUCUCCACACCCCCGCUCGUCGUGAGCUCAACACGUCCAGCCCACACGUGCCACAGCCCUGCCAAGAGCACGGUGCGGCCCAGCACUCGGAGCGGUGCCCCGUCCUCCACCCCGGGCACGACCUCCGGUCCUCCGACGAGCCCUCCCCGGCCCCGCCAGGCCUGUGGGGAAGAUUGCCGGUGGUCACCGUGGCUGGACGUCAGUCACCCGGGACGGGGCAUCGACAGCGGUGACUUCGACACACUGGAGAACCUCCGUGCCCAUGGGCACCAGGUCUGCCCGGCGCCGAAGAGGGUGGAGUGUCGGGCUGAGGACGCCCCCGAGGUACCGAUCCAGGUCCUGGGGCAGCACGUGGAGUGCAGCCCAGCGCGGGGGCUGACCUGUUACAACCGCAAGCAGGCUUCGGGGCUCUGUCACAACUACCAGAUCAGGGUCCAGUGCUGCUUCCCCCGUACCUGCCCUACCUCUGGCGGUCAAACCCAGACCACCACACCUGUCCCAGGGACCACUACAACCACCCCGAGUACCCCUACACCUGUCUACACCUGUCCCAGGGACCACUACGACCACCCCGAGUACCUCUACUCCUAUCCCAGGGACCACUACGACCACCCUGAGUACGUCUACACCUGUCCCAGGGACCACUACGACCACCCUGAGUACCCCUACACCUGUCCCAGGGACCACUACGACCACCCCGAGUACCCCUACACCUGUCCCAGGUACCACUACACCUGUCCCAGGGACCACUACGACCACCCCGAGUACCUCUACACCUAUCCCAGGGACCACUACGACCACCCUGAGUACCCCUACACCUGUCCCAGGGACCACUACGACCACCCCGAGUACCCCUACACCUGUCCCAGGGACCACUACGACCACCCCGAGUACCCCUACACCUGUCCCAGGGACCACUACGACCACCCCGAGUACCCCUACACCUGUCCCAGGGACCACUACGACCACCCCGAGUACCUCUACUCCUGUCCCAAUACCUCUACUCCUGUCCCAAGUACCCCUACACCUGGACCACUACGACCACCCCGAGUACCUCUACUCCUGUCCCAAGUACCCCUACACCUGGACCACUACGACCACCCCGAGUACCCCUACACCUGUCCCAGGGACCACUACGACCACCCCGAGUACCCCUACACCUGUCCCAGGGACCACUACGACCACCCCGAGUACCUCUACUCCUGUCCCAAGUACCCCUACACCUGUCCCAGGGACCACUACAACCACCCCGAGUACCCCUACACCUGUCCCAGGGACCACUACGACCACCCCAAGUACCUCUACUCCUGUCCCAAGUACCCCUACACCUGUCCCAGGGACCACUACAACCACCCCGAGUACCCCUACACCUGUCCCAGGGACCACUACGACCACCCCGAGUACCCCUACACCUGUCCCAGGGACCACUACGACCACCCCGAGUACCCCUACACCUGUCCCAGGGACCACUACGACCACCCCAAGUACCUCUACACCUGUCCCAGGGACCACUACGACCACCCCGAGUACCUCUACUCCUGUCCCAAGUACCCCUACACCUGUCCCAGGGACCACUACAACCACCCCGAGUACCCCUACACCUGUCCCAGGGACCAGUACAACCACCCCAAGUACCUCUACUCCUGUCCCAAGUACCCCUACACCUGUCCCAGGGACCACUACAACCACCCCGAGUACCCCUACACCUGUCCCAGGGACCACUACGACCACCCCAAGUACCUCUACUCCUAUCCCAGGGACCACUACAACCACCCUGAGUACCCCUACACCUGUCCCAGGGACCAUUACAACCACCCUGAGUACCCCUACACCCGUCCCAGGGACCACUACGACCACCCCGAGUACCCCUACACCUGUCCCAGGGACCACUACGACCACCCCGAGUACCCCUACACCUGUCCCAGGGACCACUACGACCACCCCGAGUACCUCUACACCUGUCCCAGGACCACUACAACUGUGGAAAACACUCCGUUGACCCCGAGGCCAAUGACAGUUUCAACGACACCUGAACCUUGUUUACAAAAGUUGUGCAACUGGACCCAAUGGUUCGACAGCAGCUACCCUGAUCCUGGCAUAAACGGUGGAGAUUUCGACACUUUUCAUGACUUGAGAGCCAAAGGACAUAAAUUCUGUGAAAAGCCCAGCAACGUGGAGUGUAGGGCACAGUUCUUCCCAAACAUCCCACUGGAGGAGCUGGGGCAGGACUUGAUCUGUGACAAGAGCCUGGGGCUGUUAUGCCUCAACAGGAACCAGUUGCCGCCGAUCUGUUAUAACUACGAAAUCCGGAUCGAGUGCUGUGAGCUGGUGGAUGUGUGCAGAAGCACCACACACCCUGUGACGUCUGAGACCACGUAUUCCACCCGAGAGGAACCCGGGACCCAGACACAGCUUACCUGGACCACCAGAAUCCCCUCGUCUCCCACACGGCACAGCACCGCCAGCUCCGUGCACACGCACCCCACAACCAGCAUCACAACCGGCACACACUCAGUCUCCCCAGCCGUGACCAUCCCCUGCCAGCCACAGUGCACGUGGACCAAGUGGUUCGACGUGGACUUCCCGUCCCCUGGGCCCCACGGAGGAGACGCGGAAACCUUCGGCAACAUCAUCAGAAGGGGAGAGAAAAUCUGUCGCCGGCCCGAGUACAUCACGCGGCUGGAGUGCCGGGCCGAGAGCCACCCUGAGGUCAGCAUCGAGACGCUGGGCCAGGUGGUAGAGUGCAACGUCAGCAAGGGCCUGGUGUGCCGGAACCGGGACCAGGGUGGCGACGUCGGGAUGUGCCUCAACUACGAGGUCCGCGUGCUGUGCUGUGAGCCCCCGGAGCACUGCUCUACCCACAAAACUGUCGGAGUACCUCACACUUCAAGCAUUAGCACCACCAGGCUAACUGAAACCACCUCCCACCUGGUGACAUCCAGCUCAACCUCCGUGCCGAAAACCAGCUCAACCUCGGUGACAGAAACCAGCCCAACCUCGGUGACAGAAACCAGUUCAACCUCGGUGACAGAAACCAGCUCAACCUCCAUAACAGAAACCAGAAACCAGCUCAACCUCGGUGACAGAGACCAGGCCAACUUCGGUGACAGAAACCAGGCCAACCUCGGUGACAGAGACCAGCCCAACUUCGGUGACAGAGACCAGCUCAACCUCAGUGACAAAAACCAGGCCAACCUCUGUGACAGAAACCAGCUCAACCUCGGUGACAGAGACCAGCCCAACCUCGGUGACAGAAACCAGCUCAACCUCAGUGACAGAAACCAGGCCAACCUCGGUGACAGAAACCAGCCCAACCUCGGUGACAGAGACCAGGCCAACCUCGGUGACAGAGACCAGCUCAACCUCGGUGACAGAGACCAGCCCAACCUCGGUGACAGAAACCAGCUCAACCUCGGUGACAGAAACCAGGCCAACCUUGGUGACAGAAACCAGACCAACCUCGGUGACAGAGACCAGGCCAACCUCGGUGACAGAAACCAGCCCAACCUCGGUGACAAAAACCAGGCCAACCUCGGUGACAGAAACCAGCUCAACCUCGGUGACAGAGACCAGGCCAACCUCGGUGACAGAAACCAGCCCAACCUCGGUGACAGAAACCAGGCCAACCUCGGUGACAGAAACCAGCUCAACCUCGGUGACAGAGACCAGCCCAACCUCGGUGACAGAGACCAGCCCAACCUCGGUGACAAAAACCAGGCCAACCUCGGUGACAGAAACCAGCUCAACCUCGGUGACAGAAACCAGGCCAACCUCGGUGACAGAAACCAGCCCAACCUCGGUGACAGAAACCAGGCCAACCUCGGUGACAGAAACCAGCCCAACCUCGGUGACAGAAACCAGGCCAACCUCGGUGACAGAAACCAGCUCAACCUCGGUGACAGAGACCAGCCCAACCUCGGUGACAGAGACCAGCUCAACCUCGGUGACAGAAACCAGGCCAACCUCGGUGACAGAAACCAGACCAACCUCGGUGACAGAAACCAGGCCAACCUCGGUGACAGAGACCAGGCCAACCUCGGUGACAGAAACCAGCCCAACCUCGGUGACAGAAACCAGGCCAACCUCGGUGACAGAAACCAGACCAACCUCGGUGACAGAGACCAGCCCAACCUCGGUGACAGAGACCAGCCCAACCUCGGUGACAGAGACCAGGCCAACCUCGGUGACAGAAACCAGCCCAACCUCGGUGACAAAAACCAGGCCAACCUCGGUGACAGAAACCAGCUCAACCUCGGUGACAGAGACCAGCCCAACCUCGGUGACAGAAACCAGCUCGACCUCGGUGACGGAAACCAGCUCAACCUCGGUGACAGAAACCAGCUCAAUCUCGGUGACAGAAACCAGGCCAACUUCGGUGACAGAGACCAGCCCAACCUCGGUGACAGAGACCAGCCCAACCUCGGUGACAGAAACCAGCUCAACCUCAGUGACAAAAACCAGGCCAACCUCUGUGACAGAAACCAGCCCAACCUCAGUGACAGAGACCAGCCCAACCUCGGUGACAGAGACCAGCCCAACCUCGAAACCAGCUCAACCUCGGUGACAGAGACCAGCCCAACCUCGGUGACAGAAACCAGCCCAACCUCGGUGACAGAAACCAGGCCAACCUCGGUGACAAAAACCAGCCCAACCUCUGAGCCCAAACGCAGCACAACCUCUGGUCCUACAAUGAGCACAAGCCCUGUUCUCAAAACUGAAACAACCCACUUCACACCCGUGACCAUCCCCUGCCAGCCACAGUGCAGGUGGACCAAGUGGUUCGACGUGGACUUCCCGUCCCCGGGGCGCCACGGAGGAGACGCGGACACCCUCGGCAACAUCGUCAGAAGGGGAGGGAAAAUCUGUCGCCGGCCCGAGUACAUCACGCGGCUGGAGUGCCGGGCCGAGAGCCACCCCGAGGUCAGCAUCGAGACGCUGGGCCAGGUGGUAGAGUGCAACGUCAGCAAGGGCCUGAUGUGCCGGAACCGGGACCAGAGUGGCGACGUCGGGAUGUGCAACUACGAGGUCCGCGUGCUGUGCUGUGAGCCCCCGGAGCACUGCCCUCGUACUUCUGUGACGCCUUACGCGACUCCAUCCACCAAGCCCUCGUCCCCUCCAGAACCGACCUCCGUGGUGUCCACCACGACAUGUUACUGCAGUGUGUCUGACAAGUUCUACCGCGCAGGAUCCAUCAUUUACAACCGGACCGACCUCGACGGCCACUGCUAUUAUGCCACGUGCGGCCUGGACUGCCACGUGGUCAGGACGCACUACACCUGUGCCAGCGGCACGACACCUCCCGUCCCAACCGCCUCCCCGGCCGGGUCCUCCCCUUCAGCCUCCGCGCCCGUCACCGCUCAGGGGUGCCCAAACGCGGUCCCCCCAAGAAGGAAAGGCGAGACCUGGGCCAUGCCCAACUGCUCUCAGGCCACCUGCGAGGGCAACGGCGUCAUCACCCUGCAGCCGCGGCCGUGCCCACAGGUGCAGCGGCCGGUGUGCGCCAACGGCUACCCACCCGUGAAGGUCGUCGACCCCGACAGCUGCUGCCCGCACUACCGGUGCCAGUGUGUGUGCAGCGGCUGGGGCGACCCCCACUACAUCACCUUCGACGGCACCUACUACACGUUCCUGGACAACUGCACGUACGUGCUGGUGCAGCAGAUCCUACCUGUGUACGGCCACUUCCGCGUGCUCAUCGACAACUACUUCUGCGGGGCGGAGGACGGGCUCUCCUGCCCGCAGUCCAUCAUCGUCGAGUACCGGCAGGACCGCGUUGUGCUGACCCACAAGCCCGUGCUCGGGGUGAUGACCAACGAGAUCAUCUUCAACGACAAAGUGGUCAAGCCCGGCUUCCAGAAGGACGGCGUGAGCGUCUCCCAGAUCGGCAUCAAGAUGUACCUGACCAUCCCCGAGCUCGGCGUCCAGGUCAUGUUCUCCGGCCUCAUCUUCUCGGUGGAGCUGCCUUUCAGCAAGUUCGCCAACAACACCGAGGGGCAGUGCGGCACCUGCACCAAUGACAAGAAGGAUGAGUGCCGUCUCCCCGGGGGCACCGUGGUGCCCUCCUGCUCUGAUAUGUCCGGCCACUGGAAGGUGACGACGCCCCACCAGCCGCCCUGCCACGGGCCACCCCCGGAGCCCACUGCAGUCGGGCCCACGCCCUCGCCCGCCCCCUGCCUGCCUUCGCCGAUCUGCCAGCUGAUCCUGAGCGAGGUCUUCGAGCUGUGCCACCCUCUGAUCCCCCCGCUGGCAUUCUACCAAGGCUGCACCUUCGACCACUGCCACCUGAACGACUCCAACGUGCUGUGCUCUAGCCUGGAGCUGUAUGCGUCCCUCUGCGCCUCCCGAGGCGUGUGCAUCGACUGGAGGCGCCACACCAACCACAUGUGCUCGUUCACCUGCCCUGCUGACAAGGUGUACCUGCCGUGUGGCCCGUCCAAGCCCUCAUACUGCUAUGGGAGUGACAACACCAGCCUCGUGGCUCUUCAGGACACUGUCCCCAUCACAGAAGGCUGCUUCUGUCCAGAGAACAUGACGCGUUUCAGCAUGAGCUCUCCAGUCUGCGUGCCUGCGGACUGCCACAGGUGCCUGGGCCCCCACGGGGAGGCUGUGGAGCCCGGCCACACCAUCAGCGUGGAUUGCCAGCGGUGCACCUGUGAGAGCAGCACGCUGACAAUGAGCUGUCACAGGCAGCCCUGCCCCCUGCCCCCAGCCUGCCCCCUGCCCGGCUUCGUGCCUGUGCCUGCAGCCCCUCAGGCCGGCCAGUGCUGCCCCCAGUACAACUGCGCCUGUGACACCAGCUACUGCCCCAAGCCCGUGGCCUGUCCCGAGGGCUCCCACCCGGUCGUGACCUAUACGGAGGGGGCCUGCUGCCCCAGCCAGAACUGCAGCUGGGCCGUCUGCAGCGUUAACGGUACCUUGUACCAGCCCGGCUCCGUGGUCUCCUCCAGUCUGUGCGAAACGUGCAGGUGUGAGGUGUCCAGCAGUCCCCAGUUGGACACGGUCGUCAUCAGCUGUGAGACCCAGAUUUGCAACACCCACUGCCCUGCGGGCUUCGAGUAUCAGGAGCAGAGUGGGCAGUGCUGUGGCCUGUGUGUGCAGCAGACCUGUGUCGUGAACACCAGUGACAGUUCCACCCGCAUCUUCUAUCCCGGCCAGUCCUGGCCAGACCCCACGAACCCCUGUGUGACCCACGAGUGUGAGAAGCACCGGGACGGGCUCGUGGUGGUGACCAGGAAGAAGGCGUGUCCCCCACUCAACUGCCCUGCGGCCCAGGCGCAGCUGAGCGAGGACGGCUGCUGUCUCGCCUGUCCCCCGCCCCAACCUCCGAGCCAGUCGGCCUGUGCGGUAUACUACAAGCGUGAGGUCAUCGUGCAUGGAGAUUGCAGGUCCCCGCGGCCCAUGAGGGUGGCCUACUGCCAGGGCAACUGCGGGGACAGCAGUGCCAAGUACUCGCUGGAGGCCAACACCAUAGAGCAGAACUGCAGCUGCUGCAGGGAGCUGCGGGUGUCGCCGACGACGGUGACCCUGCGCUGCAAGGACGGCUCCAGCCGAACCUUCGGCUACACCCUGGUGAAGGAGUGCGGCUGUGUGGGGCAGCGGUGCGGCCCCCGCGGCAACCUAAGCCGUUCGGAGGGCCCGGGGCCCUUGCAGAGUGACGAGGAGCAGAGCCAGGAGACGGGGCACACGGGCUGGAGGAGGGGGUCCAGCAGCCUUCGGAGCUCCCGGCCACCUCCCUCCGGGACCCAGCGAUAAGGGUCCCGUUCCCCGUAGCCCCAGCUCCAAGGCCGGUGGGACCUCGGUCCAGGUGGCCCGAGAUCAGGAUGCACUGCCCGCCCCGCUCUUCCGUCUGCAGGGUCCACGGCCCUUGGAAGUGUGACGGCCCUGAGGGACCUGGGCGGGCGGGGCUCCUCUGGCCACGGGUCCAGUCUGCUUUUCCCCGGACGUAAGCAUCCCGGAAGGGUCUUAUCAAUGACGGCCACUUGGCUGUGGUGCCCGGCCAUUCGGCUGGCCACCGGGAGGCAGAGCCUCACCCCUACCUCGGCCCUGGGCCUCGGGAAAUGGCCAACCGGUUCCAUAAAUACAUCUGGAGCAUUUUGCACCUUGCAGACUCUGUGUGAUUUUUAAGCCUGUCCAUGAAACCCAGGAACGGGGCGGGGGCAGACUGGGUCCCAGAGGGCGCACGCCACAGCCGUGGGGGGGA